UCCGAUGGUUCCGUGGUGUCUUGGGGCGAAGCACAGUUCGGCGGCAACUCGUCGGAGGUCCAAGCGCGAUUGAAGGACGUGGUAUCCCUGCAUGCCAACGACUGCGCCUUCGCUGCCGUUCUGCGCGAUGGUUCGCUGGUGUCGUGGGGAGAUGA